UUAUCCUUUCUGCCACGUAGACGUCAUUCAGGCAACGGGUAUGAAGUUCUGGUUAUACUCGAGCGCCAGCCUAGCGGCCUGCGUGGGGCUGCUCUGGUACACGUACGUGACGCGGCAGCAGUUCUACCCGUCGGUAAUCUACCUCGUGACCUCCAAAGUCAGCGUAUUGGUGCUGGGCAACGCCGGCCUCGUGCUCACGACGCUCUUCGGGCGGUUGCUCAAGUCAUUUUUCCUUGGAACGCUUCGUGAUGCGGAAGUUGAGUUGCUGCACGAGAAUGUGCGCUACGCAGUGACGGAGACGUGUCUGGCGCUCACGAUCUUCCGCGAUGAGAUUUCAUUCCACGUCAUGGUAUUAUUCACGGCGCUUGUGUUCCUCAAGAUCUUCCACUGGCUGUCGCAGUCCAGAAUCGAGUUUAUCGAGCAAACGGACGUGAUCUCCAGACUCACCCACGUGCGUCUCGUGGGGCUCAUGGCCAUGCUCGCAGCUGUGGACACUGGAUUCGUGGUGUGGUGCUCACUGAAGGUCAUGGAGAUCGGCCCGUCAGUCUUUAUCCUCUUUGGAUUCGAGUUUUUGAUCCUACUAGUGACCAUUGUGGCCACGUUCCUCCGCUAUGUACUAUACGUGGUGGACUCUCGAAUGGAUGGCGCAUGGACCAACAAGUUCACGUACUUAUUCUACCUGGAACUUGUGUCUGAAGUUACCAAACUCGUCGUCUACUUGGUCUUCUUCAUGCUGAUCUUCACGUACUACGGCAUGCCUCUGCACAUUGUGCGUGACCUGUGGAUCUCCAUCAAGAACUUGCAGCGACGGAUUGCUUCGUACUUCCGCUAUAGGAAAAUCACAGCUCAUCUGAACGAGCGCUUCCCGAACCCAACGGAGGAGGAACUACAGGAGACGGACAGGACGUGUAUUAUCUGUCGUGAAGAAAUGACCCCCGACGCCUGCAAGAAGCUGCCGUGUUCACACAUCUUCCACGUCGACUGCCUGAAAAUGUGGGUUCAGCGCCAGCAGACGUGCCCUACGUGUCGCUCUACUAUCCCAACGGGACCACGUCGUCCUACCGUCCCCGAGAACGCGGCAGCUCGUGCCGUACGACCUGAGAACAACGCACCUCAAGCACCGGCACCAGCACCAGCACCGGCUGAUGCUCAGCCACGACCGGCGCCGGCCGCUCCGCGUUUCCGCUUCGGAGUUGCCAUGGGACGAGUGGCUCCUCCAGCUACUCAACCCGCUGCCUCUGCUGCACAAGCAACGCCUCCUACUGGGGGAGUUCCUGCGCCCGGUCACCCGUAUGCUCCGGGUUAUCCGAAUCCGUACAUGUCGCCAAUGAUGUUUGCUCCUGGAAUGGGCGCUCCGUUCGGCUUCGGGAUGCCUGGUGCGUACGGCAUGAUGCCUCCGUUUGGCAUGCCGAUGGGCCACAUGCCGGCUCAGCAACAAGGAAUGCAGCAGCCAGCCAUGGACCCGGAGAGUAUUCAACGCCAAAUUGAUCUCCUACAUGCUCAGUUGGCGGUACUACAGGCAUCCGCGGCACAGUUUGGAGGCCUGCAGCAAGCUCAUAUUGUACCGCAGCCACCUGCUUCAAUGCCAGCACAGACACAGACUAACGUUGCAGCUCAAACUGCGCCAGCUGCGCCUCUAUCUGCUCCAGCCGCAGCUACGACGACAUCUGCACCUGCAGAUGCCAGUGCAGUAUCGGAGGACCUAGAAGACAAACGUCCGAUCCCGUCGACUACUGCUAGUGAGCCCGCGGCUUCCCUUCCUGUCGAGUCAACGAUUCCACCGGCACCACAGACUGAGGCGGAGCGCCGCCGGGAGGAAUUACGUCAGCGUUACGCCCGCAUUUACGGUAGCUCGUCGACGGACAAUGAAGAGAAGAGCGAUUGACCUGGUUAAUAUAACACCUGAAACUCCAAAUACAGUUUGAGCAUCUACUGAAGACGCUGCCGAUUGAUAGAUCCCGGCUACUCUUGAGACUCGAGUCAACAUAGUACGCUCCACUGAUUGCUCGGGUUAGCAAGCUUCAGGGCGAGGUGAAUGAAGAUCUCAUGCUGGCUGCUGUCACUGAUCGAGCUGACGACAGGAAUGCGUCUAGACCUAAAGCGUGCUCUGAACAGCCUUCGUCUCGCUUAUCAUGCAGUUACCGAAUUACUUCAAGAUGUCCUCUUGGGCCGCGUACCUCAUCGCGGCAGCCGUAUAGCCUUCUGUUCUGCUCUCGUGGAAUCACUUGACUACUUGCAAGUCACUCCAUUCCAACCACAGACUCCUUUGCAUCCGCUG